AUGGCCACCAGCAUCCAAUUCGACGAUAACCGCCAGGCCAGCCUAGAGGCCUCCCUCGGGCUCGAAAAAGAGAGACCGAGAUCUAACCUCAAUGACCCGGCGACCUCCAACGACUCCCUCCCGCCGUUCCUGCUCGACAAGAAGAGCCUGGAGCGACUGGGCCGCGAACGCCCAGACAUCUUCCCCAACAUCUGGGUUGAACUCGGCUUCUGCUCUUCGCUGAUUGCCUCGGAGCUUCUAGCCGAAUACUUCGUCAGCGGCUUCAACAACCUCCUCCCGCACAUAACAACAGCGCUAUCCAUCCCCGCCCACGCCCAAACCUGGCCCGCAAGCGUCUUCUCCCUCGUAACAGGCGCCUGCCUCCUCCCCGUCGCCCGCACCGCCGACAUCCACGGCCCCCGCCUGCUCUUCAACAUCGGCCUGAUCUGGUUCGUCGUCUGGAGCUUUAUCGCCGGCUGGAGCACAAACUACACCAUGCUGAUCGUGUGUCGCGCCCUGCAGGGUCUCGGGCCCGCUGCGUUCCUGCCUGCCGGCAUCAUGCUGAUUGGGAGUAUAUACCGGCCCGGGCCGCGCAAGAACCUGGUUUUCAGCCUGUACGGGGCGUUUUCGCCGGUGGGGUUCUAUGGGGGGAUCUGUGUUAGUGGGCUUUCGGGCCACUAUUUGAGUUGGAGGUGGUACUUUUAUAUCGGGUGUAUGAUUGUGCUUGUUGUCCUGGUUAUUUCGCUGGUUAGUAUGCCCAUGAUUCGGUUGCCGAGGCAUACGGCCGAUCUGAAGAUGGAUUGGUGGUGUGGUACGAUUGUGCCGGGGUUGAUUUUGCUGGUGUUCGCUAUUACGGAGGGCUCGCAUGCGCCCGAUGGGUGGAGGACGCCGUAUGUGCUUGUUACGUUUUUGGUCGGGAUUGCGUUGCUGGCCGCGGCGUUCUACGUGGAGGGGUGGGUUGCGACUGAGCCGUUGUUGCCGUUUGAUGUGUUCAAGGUCAAGUCCAUGAGUCCGCUGUUCGUGGCGCUGUCGUUCUCGUAUGGUGUCUUUGGGAUCUAUCUCUUUUAUGCGAGUUUCUACAUCCAAGACAUCCUCGGCCACGACUCGCUCAUCUCCGCAGCGUGGUUCGCCCCCAUGGCAGCCGGCGGCGUGAUCCUCGCCACAGUCGGCGGCUUCACACUCCACCACCUCCCCGGCAAACUGUUGCUGCUGAUCUCCGGCGCGGGCUAUCUGGUCUCCAUGCUGCUGUUUGCCAUCAUCCCCGACAACCCCAACUACUGGGCGUACGUGUUCCCUGCCAUGAUCGCCGCAACCGUCGGCGUGGACAUCGGCUACAGCGUCUCAAACAUCUUCAUCACGACGAACCUUCCCCAGAGCCGACAGGGCGUGGCAGGCGCAAUCAUCAACACGAUCGUGUUUGUCGGUAUCAGCUUUUUCCUGGGCUUGGCGGAUACGGUCGUCUCGCAGACGGACGAUCUCGGUGAGAAGCGGAGCUACAAGGCUGCGUUCUGGUUUGGCGUUGCGUGCUCGGGCGUUGCGAUUGUGUUGCUGGUUUUCAUCCGUGUUGGCAAAGCGCAGAGUGACCUUACUGUUGAGGAGCGCAUUCAGCUUGCGGAGUCUUUGGCUGUGGGGGAUGUUACGCCUGAGCAGUUGGCUGCUGCGGGGCAUUCGGCUUCUGCUUCGAGUUGA